AUGGUGGGACUGCUCGGCGAGUUCACCGAGGACGUCAUCCAUCGCGCGCGGGCGUCGGAGAGCGAUUCCGACGCCGAUUCCGACGGCGCGGCGUCGAAGCGGGCGCUGCUGGCGAAACAGCGCACGCUCGAGGAGGUGCUGCGAACGCUCGGCGCGCGGGCGACGAGGCUCGAGGACGACGCGCGACGCGCGGAUAAGGAGGCGAGAGCGGCGAGGCACGCGCUGGAGGACGCGCGACGAGAGAACGCGGCGCGAGAGAGAGAUGUGGGCGCGCUGGAGGAGGCGCGGGACGCGGCGGACGGCGCGGCGCGCGCGGCUGCGAGCGAAAGGGACGACGUCAAGGCGACGCUCGCGCGCGCGGAGCGGGAUUUAGCGCGCGUUCGUGAAGAGCGUAAUGCGCUGCGGAAAGAUUUAGAGGCGAAGGCGAAGGCGUGGAGGGAUAUGGAGGAAGAGCAUCGACGACGGGAGCGCGCGGCGAGCGACAACGCGGCGUCGGCGAGAGCCGAGUCGGCGAAGAAAGACGUCGAGUUAGAAUCGCUUCGUCGGCGGUGUGAGAGUGCAGAGGCGUACGCGAACAGUGUGAAUGCGCGCGUAACCGAGGCGGAGCGCGAAAUCGAUGCGUUCAACGAGGUUGUGGUGUCGAGCGGCGACGGUUUGUCGCGAGAACUACGCGAACAGCUCGCGCGCGCCGAAGAAACGCGCGUGGCGCUGGAGAACGAACUCGCGCGCGUCACGGCGAACGCGAUCGCGCAAGAGGGCGAGCUCAAAAAGCUGCGCGUGAUGGUCGAACACGAUGCGCCAGGAGUUGCGGAACUUCGCGCGCGAGUGGACGCGAUGGACGUUCGCGAGCGAGACUUGGUCUCGGCGUUGCGAUACGAGGAAACCAAAAAAGAUGAAGCCAUUCGCGAAAUGUAUCGCGCGCGCGCGGCCGCUGCAAAAGCUGAAGCUCACGCAUCGCGUCUCUCCGCGAAAUCUUCGCACAGUCAAGCUUUGGCGACGGUGAUUGAGUCUCUCGGAGACAGCUUGUUCGAUUAA